UGUGUUUUGUUUUCGAGAAACAUCGCUGUUGGAAGUUUGCAUCGAGUGACUAUUCCAGUUGGAACUUGUUUUUUUGGGCUGCCGCCGCGCGUGUAAUUGCAAUAAUUGUCGCUAUUCGGUGAUUAUUCGUCGCGAAUUCGGCACGUCGGGUCCGGUGAGAGAUUUGCGUUCAAAAGUCGUGUACAAAAGUGAAAUUUUUCAAUUAUUAUCGUGAUCGGUACGUGUUGAUGGUGAACGAACAGGUUCGUUCUACCAUUUUUGUAUCGGAUUCAAAGGCACCCCUGCCGACUGUUCCCGAGGAAAUUCGCCACCCGCAAUCCUCGGAAAACGAGACAACACGCAACACGUUCGAGUAAUAUCUUUGGUGUUCCUGUCCAUCGGCAUCGUUAGCUGAGGUUUUUCCGGAAUCUCUCUUUCCGGUUUUUCUGUUUGUUUCGCGCCGAUUGUUGUCGUUAGUCGACCGAUUGUUGGUCCGAAGGUGGCUCUCGCGUGCGUGUUCGGAAUUCGUAAUCGGUUCGGUUUCCUGUUCCGACGAGAAAAAAAGUGCCAUUCACAGCAAAAAUGAUCCUUAGUUAACCAGCACAAAGCAGAAGGGAAAAAUCGGGUGCUCGGCAUAUCGCGUGCUUCGGAUGUUCGCGUUUGUGUGUGUGAGUGGAUUUCGGUCUAAAUUGAUAUAAUUAAUUUAUGGUUUUGUCGGUUUCGUUACCGGAAAAUAGAGGAAUAGAGCGGUGGUUUUGGUGGUGAAAUUGCGACGAAGCUUUCGGUUCGUGAAAUUAACGAGGUGUUGAUCCCACGAGUUGGCCCCGCAAAAGCCAGCGUGUAUGAUCGGGUUCGGAGGUGCAGGAGCAAAACCACCACCGCCCUUAGACAAACUUGAGACCUCGGCCGACGAAGGUCCUGCCGAAAGACGCGUCGGGUCCUUUCGGGCGACCAGUUAAUAUGGUCUCUGCUGUGGCCAGCGUUGGCCAAAUCGCAUCAAAGCAGGAUAAUGAUUCGAGCAGAAGCAAACGGGCGACGACUCGCUGGAGGUCCAAACAUUGGAGUGAAUCCCGGUCCAGUCUCUCCCGGAUGACACUGUUACUGUUUAGUUCCUCGACGGUGACGCUUCUGGCGUUGCUGCUACUUCCUGCUCCGGUGGUCAGUUCCGGAAUCGCGAACGGAACCGACGGAAGCCACCCUAUCGAGAUAUCACUAGCGACCCUGGAAGCGUUAUCGAUCGCCGAUAGCGAGGACGAUGAUAGUUUUGUAAAUACUAACCAAAUCGACGAGGACGAAGAAGAAAACCUGGUGCCGAGCGCCAAUCGCACUGGCGGCAGCACCAGCAGUAAAACGAAAGGCCGCUGGACCGGAAGUCGGCGGGCCAAUGUCGGAGGUGGUCGGAAUCGACCGGUGCCCAUCUACCUGAACGAGUUUGCCGUGUACAUUCCGGGUGGACCGGAUGUGGCCGAUAUCAUUGCGCAUAAAUAUGGAUUCAGCAAUCAGGGACAGUCGGUUGGACCAUGCGACACGGUUGGGCAGGGUACACGGGUGGACCAGGAGACACGGCGGUUGGAUCAAGACACAGCUGGCACGUCGCACAUCGAGGAAUCUGCUUCGGCACUGGUGCAGAAUCUGUGA